UAAUUUGAUAAGCCCUAAACUGGAGACAUCACAGUUCUUUUGCUUGCACAAGUCGACGAGGCAUGAGGUCGAUGAGCUCCAGGUAACACUACUCUCAGUCAUAUUACAUUUGCAGAGAUCAUGGUCUCGAUAAUGUAGCCAUGGAUCGCGUUGCACGCCUGGAAGUCUUCGCGAAGCACGCCAUAGUUAAUCGUUCAAGCAGAAGAUGGGAUCUCGGUUUGUCAAUGGCCAUUUCUUGCUCACCCGGAGAUCAUGCAAAUCCACGUGUUGACUCUCCUGUCAGGCAAUUCGUCGAACACCCCAGAAGCAUCAACCGACAUGGACUCCGGAGCGUCUCCCCUUUUGAUUCAUGAUGCAGGUCGGCAGCCUCGGAGUGCGUCCUGGGUGCUACCAGUUGCUACUGGGAUUGCAAAGCUUCGGCGGUAGACGAGUGGGUGGAAGAGGCGACAUGAAGUUUGGAGGUUAACAGGGUUCAUGGGUUUGGAAUUCUGACGUAUUUAGAAAGAAUGGUCAGGUGUAGCUGACAUCUUGAACCCUAAACCAUAUACAACUAGACAGUAGUGUGCUGGGGACCCCGCAUACAGGAAGAGAGGAAUUAAUUCCAAUUCCGAUUCCCUGGUAGCAUAUUCCUUUCGGAUCUCGUUGCUUCCUCCUUGCCUUCUCUCGAAAGGUCUCGUCUUUGCUACUUUUUGCGAUCACCACUCCAGGAAACUCUCAUUUGUGUGGAGUUGUUGCUUGGUUUUGGCAUUGAGGCGGGGAGGAAGGUGGAUUUUUGGGGCGACUUAGUGAUUUCGGUUUGUUGUGGAAUGCCAAUUUGAUUUGACAAAGGAUUUUGGUGAGUGACCAGCUAUUGAUUUGUGGUAGAUUGCUUACUAAUCUUAGUUCGCAUCUCUCUUCUUCUACUACUUUGGUUAGUUUUUGUUUUGUCUUUUGUUCUUUGGUUUGUGAUGAUAGCAGGGAAUGGUUUGGCAAUUUGGAUAAUUCUGUUUGGUGUACUGUAAUCAAUUCUUGCUCUGUGUUUAUGGGUUAUCAAAUUCUUUCUUCAAACUCUACCAUCUACUAUGUUUAUUUUGGCAUGGAUACUCUGUAUGAAAAUAGGUCAUGGGAGAAAGAUCAGUGAUAACUAUUCUCCUUGGCAAAUGACAAAUGCAGAUAGGUACAGGAAUAAGUUCAUAGAUCUAUCCUGUAGCUGCAUUUUAUGUGCUUGAUAAGGUUCAAGGUUUCAUAAUGCUGGAGGACGGUAUGAUAGAAUGCAGUAACUGUCAUUCCAAAUUGCCAGCUCCAGGUGGUAAAGGUAUAUCUAGGGCAUAUGACAAAAACAGGAAUAAAACACCACCAAAACAUCGUGCUCUCAAAGUCCUUCUGGUUGCUGGCGAUUGUAUCUUGGUUGGACUUCAGCCUAUUCUAGUCUACAUGUCUAAGGUGGAUGGGAGCUUUAAGUUUAGUCCUAUCAGUGUUAAUUUUUUGACUGAGGCUGCAAAGGUUCUCUUUGCCAUCAUCAUGCUGUUAUUCCAGGCUAAAAAACAAAAUAAAGGAGACAAACCCCUACUCUCGAUAUCCAUAUUCGUGCAGGCAUUUCGCAAUAAUGUUCUUCUUUCUAUUCCUGCUCUUCUUUAUGCAAUCAACAACUAUCUGAAAUUUAUAAUGCAGUUGUAUUUUAAUCCUGCAACUGUUAAAAUGUUGAGCAACCUGAAGGUUUUGGUAAUUGCUGUCCUUCUAAAGAUCAUUAUGAGAAGGCGCUUUUCCAUAAUCCAGUGGGAGGCUCUUGCACUUUUGCUAAUUGGAAUCAGUGUUAAUCAGUUAAAGUCACUGCCUGAGGAUACCAAUGCACUUGGUCUUCCUGUUGCAAUGGGUGCAUACUUGUAUACACUGAUGUUUGUUACUGUUCCUUCUCUGGCUUCAGUCUUCAAUGAGUAUGCUUUAAAAAGCCAGUUUGACACAAGCAUAUAUCUUCAGAACUUAUUUUUAUAUGGCUAUGGGGCUAUAUUUAACUUCAUUGCAAUUGUUGGAACUGCUGUCCUGAAAGGGCCAAGUGGCUUUGAUAUCCUUCAAGGGCACUCAAAAUCUACAAUGUUUUUAAUAUGCAACAAUGCUGCACAAGGAAUCCUCUCCUCAUUCUUUUUCAAAUAUGCUGAUACGAUUUUGAAGAAGUAUUCCUCUACCGUUGCCACAAUUUUUACAGGCAUUGCAUCUGCUGCUCUGUUUGGUCACACUCUGACAAUAAAUUUUAUCUUGGGCAUUUCAAUAGUCUUUAUAUCAAUGCACCAGUUCUUUUCCCCACUUGCAAAAGCGAAAGAUGAGAUGCAUGAUAAGAGAAUAGAGAUGAUGGAUGCUCAAGAUGUCAGGUUAAAGGAAGCUUCGUAUGUAAAUAUAACUCCUGGGGCAACUAAAGAUGCUAGCCAUCCUGUUGGACCCGACGAGAGACAGAUGCUUCUACGUGUCUAAUAUUACUUUCAAGGAGAAGUUGGGUUAUUAAGCAGCAUCAGGUACAUAUAUACAUGACUUUGCUGCUGAACAAAUGUUAGAUUUGUAUUCUUCAUCUAGAUUUAAAUACCUUAGCAGGAUCUUCGAUGAAAGUUAUGUUGCCGGAGAUUAUGUACCGAUGAGCUGUUUCUGAUCAUAACAAUUAAGCUUCGGCUCGAAGACAAGAUACAUAGAUCCAGCUAUUUGUUGGUACCAAGUCUCGAGCAAUUUCAUCCCGUCAAAACCUGUCAAAGUCAAUGAAAAAUUGGAGGGUGUACUAUUUUAUAUAUUUUUAUAUGGGUAAAGUUUUCAAAAAUAUCUUAAAUUUUUAUUUAUUCCUACUAUGCAUCUCUUUUUUAUUUUGGUAUCGUAAAAUGUCUCUUAUCUUCUCAAAGAUGAGAUUAUUAUUCU